GGUUACAGUCAUGGUUAAGGAAACAUGGUUUAGAGUUGAAGUUUCGCUUUCAGUUUUGCAAAUUAUUGAGUGAAAUAGUAUUUGCAUGACAUGGCAGAGUAACGGUGAUGCAGCAGUAUUUGUGAAGGGGUCCGAGAAACAACAACACUGACUUACUUUACACAACUUGUCUUACUUCGGACACCUCAAAAGAGCAAGUUAGUGUUGAGAGCAUGCAGCUCAGUGAGGAGCAGCUGCAUCAGAUAGAGCGGAACAGACGCGCCGCACUGGAACGACUGGCCAGCAGAAAUGUACCUGUACCCGUUGGUGAAAGCUGGCGAAGACAAAUCGGGACUGAAUUUACAAAACCUUAUUUUACAAAACUCAUGUCUUUUGUUUCAAUGGAGAGGAAAAACUUUACUGUUUAUCCCAGCCCUGAGCAGGUGUUUUAUUGCACAACUUUGUGUGCAAUUGAAGAUGUAAAAGUGGUCAUUCUUGGGCAAGACCCCUAUCACCAUCCAGGUCAGGCUCAUGGUUUGGCCUUCAGUGUGCUGAGGCCUAAACCUCCUCCUCCUAGUUUGGAAAACAUAUUCGCGGAGUUGAAGGAAGAUAUUGUUGGCUUCGGGCAUCCAGGUCAUGGAGACCUCACAGAAUGGGCUAAACAGGGUGUUCUGCUGCUGAAUUCUGUGUUGACAGUGAGGGCUCAUCAACCCACCUCUCAUGAGGGUCAAGGCUGGGAGAUCUUCACAGAUGCUGUGGUCCUGUGGCUCAGCAGGAAUCUCAAUGGCUUGGUCUUUCUGCUUUGGGGUUCUUACGCUCAGAGGAAAGGCAGAGUGAUCGACAGAAAACGUCAUCAUGUCCUAGAGACUUCACAUCCAUCACCGUACUCAGCACAUUUUGGCUUCUUUGGAUGUAGGCACUUCUCUAAAACUAACGUUUUGCUUAAAGCAUCAGGAAAGAAGCCAGUUGAUUGGAAAGCUCUCUGAAGUAACAUUAUGCCAUUUAUUCCUGAAUUUUUUUUUUCUAAAGCAGAGAGGAAAAUUAAACAUUAUACUUUACAAUUGAAUAUUUUUGCAUUGUAUAGUACAUUUAUGUUGCAAAUGGAUCACAGCUGUCCUUUUAUGAGGUUGACCUUGUAAUAAUCAUCUACAUUUUGUUAUAUUGCAAAUAAUUACAUUAUCUGGUCAAUAAAUGAAUACAAUUAAUUCA